GGUUUGCCUGAGCCCUCCCCGCCGCCGGUCCGCCCGCCCCCGCCCGGCGCCCGCCUCCCGCCCCCGCCCGCGGCCUGGAGCGCGCCUCCCUCGCCGCCCAGGGUUGGCGAGCCGGCGCCGGCUGAGCUGCGGGAGCCGCGGAGAUCACCAGCCGCCGCUGCGGGAGCUGCUCUGGCCACACCAUGAGGGAGCUGGCCAUCGAGAUCGGGGUGCGAGCCCUGCUCUUCGGGGUUUUCGUUUUUACAGAGUUUUUGGACCCAUUCCAGAGAGUCAUCCAGCCGGAAGAGAUUUGGCUCUAUAAAAAUCCUCUGGUGCAAUCAGACAACAUACCUACUCGCCUCAUGUUUGCAAUUUCUUUCCUCACACCCUUGGCCGUUAUUUGUGUGGUGAAAAUUAUCCGGCGAACAGACAAGACUGAAAUUAAGGAAGCCUUCUUAGCGGUGUCCUUGGCUCUUGCUUUGAAUGGAGUCUGCACAAACACUAUUAAAUUAAUAGUGGGAAGACCUCGCCCCGAUUUCUUUUACCGCUGCUUUCCAGAUGGAGUGAUGAACUCGGAAAUGCACUGCACGGGUGACCCUGACCUGGUGUCCGAGGGCCGCAAAAGCUUCCCCAGCAUCCACUCCUCUUUUGCCUUCUCGGGCCUUGGUUUCACGACAUUCUACCUGGCAGGCAAGCUGCACUGCUUCACCGAGAGUGGGCGGGGGAAGAGCUGGCGGCUCUGUGCCGCCAUCUUGCCCCUGUACUGUGCCAUGAUGAUCGCGCUGUCCCGCAUGUGUGACUACAAGCAUCACUGGCAAGAUUCGUUCGUGGGCGGCGUGAUUGGCCUCAUCUUUGCAUACAUCUGCUACAGACAGCACUACCCGCCGCUGGCCAACACGGCCUGCCAUAAGCCCUACGUCAGCCUGCGCGUGCCCACCUCGCUGAAGAAGGAGGAGAGGCCCACGGCGGACAGCGCGCCCAGCUUGCCCCUGGAGGGGAUCACCGAAGGCCCCGUAUGAUGAGUGUCCGGGGAGAUGGACGCUGAGCCCCGGGCUCGCUCUUCCCCCCAACGCCGUAACACGGUGGCAGAGGUUUUCUGUAGUGUGUUUCUCAUCCAUUAUUUCUCCAAGUUUCCCUUCUGCUUCCAUUUUGCGGACGGUCUUCGUGCCACUCUCGAGGUCUCCUUUCAACGUUUUCGAGUUUGCAAGGUCAAGACACCGGAA